GACGCGUGCGCGAGGUGUUGUCAGUGUGUGCGUGACAGGCGCUUGGAUCGGAAGGAGAUUCCUUGAAAUUCGUUUCUGUAGUAUUCCAGAAUCUUCCAUCGAUGAUGCUGAAGUUUAAGACACUCUUCCUCCAGCACACGGCGCUUACAAGAAAUCAUUUGACCCCCGAAAUAUUACUGCGUCUCGUGACUCCGGGGUGUCCUCUCUGGAGUUCCAGGGACAGUCCAUUCGAGGAUCCUUUCUGGGCGUUUUACUGGCCGGGGGGACAGGCGACUGCCAGAUACAUCCUCGACAACCCUCUGACAAUAAAAGACCGUCGUGUGUUAGACGUCGGCAGCGGAUGUGGCGCCGGGGCGAUAGCGGCGGCGCUCGUCGGAACUAAACGAGUCCUAGCGAAUGACAUAGACCCGGUUGCUGUUAUGGCCAUUAAAAUCAACGCCGAAUUAAACAACGUUGAAGUACAAACAGAUACAAACAACUACAUCGGAACGGAGUGUGAAGAGUUUGAUGCCAUUUUAAUAGGAGACAUGUUUUACGACGAAGAUUUCGGCAAUAUGUUGUUCGGGUGGCUAAGAGACCUCGCGAGCCAGGACAAACUGAUACUAGUUGGUGACCCGGGGAGACACGGACUAACUCAAAAAAGAUUGUCUCAAAUGACAUUACUCGCUCAGUACAAAAUGGCGCCGGAGAACUGUGAAGAAAACAAUGGAUUCACUCACACGAGCGUGUGGAGAAUUAAUAAACAAAUCCUUUGGUGGGUGUUCAGUUUGUUACCGCACGGCUAGGUUUGUACGAACUACCGACAACAGCGCAGAGGAAUUAUGAAAGAAAUAAACUAAAGUCACAAA